AUGGCAUCGGAGAGUUACGAUUUCCUGUUGAAAUUUUUAAUCAUUGGUAGUGCUGGUACUGGUAAAUCAUGUCUUCUCCAUCAGUUUAUAGAAAACAAAUUUAAACAAGAUUCCAGCCACACCAUCGGUGUAGAAUUUGGAUCGAAAGUUAUCAAUUGUUCUAACAAAACGGUUAAGUUGCAGAUAUGGGAUACCGCAGGUCAAGAGAGAUUCAGAUCCGUUACAAAAAGCUACUACCGAGGCGCUGCUGGAGCUUUGCUAGUAUACGAUAUCUCGAAUCGAGAUUCUUAUAAUGCUCUGGGAGCGUGGUUAACUGAUGCUAGAACUUUAGCCAGCCCUCAAAUAGUCAUAAUUCUUAUUGGCAAUAAAAAAGAUCUAGAAUCUGAAAGGGAAGUUACUUUUUUGGAAGCUAGUAGAUUUGCUCAAGAGAAUGAAUUAAUGUUUCUUGAGACUAGCGCUUUGUCUGGAGAAAAUGUCGAAGAGGCAUUUCUGCGAUGUUCAAAAAAUAUUUUAACUAGAAUUGAGUCUGGUGAGUUAAACCCUGAUCGAGUAGGAUCUGGAAUCCAGUACGGCGAUGGUACUAUACGAAAAUUGUCAUCCAAUAAACCUGAAGUAUCAUCAAGUGAUGGCAAUUGCGGAUGUUAA